GUCGUCUUGGGCCGCGGCGCCCGAGGCGGGAGCAGGAGGCGCCGGGAGCUGCGAGGAUCCACCGCCGCCGCCGCCGCCGCCGCCGCUGCCGCGCGCGCCAUGGAGCCCGAGUGAGCGCGCGGUGCUCCCGGCCGCCGGACGACAUGGAAACGGCGCCGACCCGGGCCCCUCCGCCGCCGCCGCCGCUGCUGCUGCUGCUGGCGCUGUGCUGCAGCCUGACCCCCGCCGCGGCCUCACCUCUCCUGCUUUUUGCCAACCGCCGGGACGUGCGGCUAGUGGAUGCGGGUGGAGUGAAGCUGGAGUCCACCAUUGUGGCCAGUGGCCUGGAGGACGCAGCUGCUGUGGACUUCCAGUUCUCCAAGGGUGCCGUGUACUGGACGGACGUGAGCGAGGAGGCCAUCAAACAGACCUUCCUAAACCAGACUGGAACUGCCGCACAGAGCAUUGUCAUCUCUGGCCUCGUGUCACCCGACGGCCUGGCCUGUGACUGGGUUGGCAAGAAGCUGUACUGGACAGACUCGGAGACUAACCGCAUCGAGGUGGCCAACCUCAAUGGGACGUCCCGUAAGGUUCUUUUCUGGCAGGACCUGGACCAGCCAAGGGCCAUUGCCCUAGAUCCUGCACAUGGGUACAUGUACUGGACUGACUGGGGGGAAGCACCCCGGAUCGAGCGGGCAGGGAUGGAUGGCAGUACCCGGAAGAUCAUUGUGGACUCCGACAUUUACUGGCCCAAUGGGCUGACCAUCGAUCUGGAGGAGCAGAAGCUGUACUGGGCUGAUGCCAAGCUCAGCUUCAUCCACCGUGCCAACCUGGACGGCUCCUUCCGGCAGAAGGUGGUGGAAGGCAGCCUCACUCACCCCUUUGCCCUGACGCUUUCUGGGGACACACUCUACUGGACAGACUGGCAGACACGCUCUAUCCACGCCUGCAACAAGUGGACAGGGGAGAAGAGGAAGGAGAUCCUCAGUGCUCUCUACUCACCCAUGGACAUUCAGGUGCUGAGCCAGGAGCGGCAGCCUCCCUUCCACACUCGCUGUGAGGAGGACAACGGCGGCUGCUCCCACCUCUGCCUGCUGUCCCCAAGGGAGCCUUUCUACUCGUGUGCCUGCCCGACUGGUGUGCAAUUGCAGGACAAUGGCAAGACGUGUAAGGCAGGGGCUGAGGAAGUGCUGCUGCUAGCCCGGAGGACAGACCUGAGGAGGAUCUCUCUGGACACACCUGACUUCACAGACAUAGUGCUGCAGGUGGGCGACAUCCGGCAUGCCAUUGCCAUCGACUAUGACCCGCUGGAGGGCUACGUGUACUGGACAGAUGAUGAGGUGCGGGCUAUCCGCAGGGCGUACCUGGAUGGGUCAGGCGCACAGACACUCGUGAACACUGAGAUCAAUGACCCCGAUGGGAUUGCUGUGGACUGGGUUGCCCGGAACCUCUACUGGACAGAUACAGGCACUGACCGAAUUGAGGUGACUCGCCUCAACGGUACCUCCCGAAAGAUCCUGGUGUCUGAGGACCUGGACGAACCUCGGGCCAUUGUGUUGCACCCUGUGAUGGGCCUCAUGUACUGGACAGACUGGGGGGAGAACCCCAAAAUCGAAUGUGCCAACCUAGAUGGGCGAGAUCGGCAUGUCCUGGUGAACACCUCCCUCGGGUGGCCCAAUGGACUCGCCCUGGACCUGCAGGAGGGCAAGCUGUACUGGGGAGAUGCCAAGACUGAUAAAAUCGAGGUGAUCAACAUUGACGGGACAAAGCGGCGGACGCUCCUAGAGGACAAGCUCCCACACAUUUUCGGGUUCACGCUGCUGGGGGACUUCAUCUACUGGACCGACUGGCAGCGGCGCAGCAUUGAGAGGGUCCACAAGGUCAAGGCCAGCCGGGAUGUCAUCAUCGACCAGCUGCCCGACCUCAUGGGACUCAAAGCCGUGAACGUGGCCAAGGUUGUCGGAACCAACCCGUGCGCGGACGGGAAUGGAGGGUGCAGCCACCUGUGCUUCUUCACCCCGCAUGCCACCAAGUGCGGCUGCCCCAUCGGCCUGGAGCUGCUGAGUGACAUGAAGACCUGCAUUAUCCCCGAGGCCUUCCUGGUGUUCACCAGCAGGGCCACCAUCCACAGGAUCUCCCUGGAGACCAACAACAACGACGUGGCCAUCCCACUCACGGGGGUCAAGGAGGCCUCUGCGCUGGACUUCGAUGUCUCCAACAACCACAUCUACUGGACCGAUGUCAGCCUCAAGACCAUCAGCCGAGCCUUCAUGAACGGGAGCUCAGUGGAGCAUGUGAUUGAGUUUGGCCUCGACUACCCCGAAGGAAUGGCUGUGGACUGGAUGGGCAAGAACCUCUAUUGGGCUGACACCGGGACCAACAGGAUCGAGGUGGCCCGGCUGGAUGGCCAGUUCCGGCAGGUGCUUGUGUGGAGAGACCUUGACAACCCCAGGUCUCUGGCUCUGGAUCCUACUAAAGGCUACAUCUACUGGACUGAGUGGGGUGGCAAGCCAAGGAUCGUGCGGGCCUUCAUGGAUGGGACCAACUGCAUGACGCUGGUAGACAAGGUGGGCCGGGCCAAUGACCUCACCAUCGAUUACGCCGACCAGCGACUGUACUGGACUGACCUGGACACCAACAUGAUUGAGUCAUCCAACAUGCUGGGUCAGGACCGAAUGGUGAUAGCGGAUGAUCUGCCCUACCCCUUUGGCCUGACUCAGUACAGCGAUUACAUCUACUGGACUGACUGGAACCUGCACAGUAUCGAACGGGCGGACAAGACCAGCGGGCAGAACCGCACCCUCAUCCAGGGCCACCUGGACUUCGUCAUGGACAUCCUGGUGUUCCACUCCUCCCGUCAGGACGGCCUCAACGACUGCGUGCACGGCAAUGGCCAGUGUGGGCAGCUGUGCCUCGCCAUCCCGGGAGGCCACCGCUGCGGCUGUGCUUCUCACUACACGCUGGACCCCAGCAGCCGCAACUGCAGCCCGCCCUCCACCUUCUUGCUGUUCAGCCAGAAAUUCGCCAUCAGCCGGAUGAUCCCCGAUGACCAGCUCAGCCCGGACCUUGUCCUGCCCCUACACGGGCUGAGGAACGUCAAAGCCAUCAACUACGACCCGCUGGACAAGUUCAUCUACUGGGUGGAUGGGCGUCAGAACAUCAAGAGGGCCAAGGACGACGGAACCCAGCCCUUCAUGCUGACCUCUCCCAGCCAAGGCCUCAGCCCAGACCGACAGCCACACGACCUCAGCAUUGACAUCUACAGCCGGACACUGUUCUGGACCUGUGAGGCCAGCAACACCAUCAAUGUCCACCGGCUGGAUGGGGAUGCCAUGGGAGUAGUGCUUCGAGGGGAGCGUGACAAGCCGAGGGCCAUUGCUGUCAAUGCCGAGCGAGGGUACAUGUACUUCACCAACAUGCAGGACCACGCUGCCAAGAUUGAGCGGGCCUCCCUGGACGGCACGGAGCGUGAGGUCCUCUUCACCACGGGCCUCAUCCGCCCUGUGGCCCUCGUGGUGGACAAUGCCCUGGGCAAGCUCUUCUGGGUGGAUGCCGACCUCAAGCGCAUCGAAAGCUGUGAUCUGUCAGGGGCCAACCGCCUGACCCUGGAAGACGCCAACAUCGUGCAACCAGUGGGUCUCACAGUGCUGGGCAGGCACCUCUACUGGAUCGACCGCCAGCAGCAGAUGAUCGAGCGGGUGGAGAAGACCACUGGCGACAAGCGGACUAGGGUUCAGGGCCGUGUCACCCAUCUGACCGGCAUCCAUGCCGUGGAGGAAGUCAGCUUGGAGGAGUUCUCAGCCCAUCCGUGUGCCCGAGACAAUGGCGGCUGCUCCCACAUCUGCAUCGCCAAGGGUGAUGGAACGCCUCGCUGCUCGUGCCCGGUCCACCUGGUGCUCCUGCAGAACCUGCUGACUUGUGGCGAGCCUCCUACUUGCUCCCCUGAUCAGUUUGCCUGUGCCACUGGUGAGAUUGACUGCAUCCCUGGAGCCUGGCGCUGUGAUGGCUUCCCUGAGUGUGCCGACCAGAGCGAUGAGGAGGGCUGCCCGGUGUGCUCCGCCUCCCAGUUUCCCUGCGCUCGAGGCCAGUGCGUGGACUUGCGCCUGCGCUGCGACGGUGAGGCGGACUGCCAGGACCGCUCUGACGAAGCUAACUGCGAUGCUGUCUGUCUGCCCAAUCAGUUCCGGUGCUCCAGCGGCCAGUGUGUGCUCAUCAAGCAGCAGUGUGACUCCUUCCCUGACUGCGCGGAUGGGUCUGACGAGCUCAUGUGCGAGAUCAACAAGCCACCGUCUGAUGACAUCCCAACCCACAGCAGUGCCAUCGGGCCUGUCAUUGGCAUCAUCCUCUCACUCUUCGUCAUGGGUGGGGUCUACUUUGUCUGCCAGCGUGUGAUGCGCCAGCGCUACACAGGGGCCAGUGGGCCCUUUCCCCAUGAGUAUGUCAGCGGGACCCCUCACGUGCCUCUCAACUUCAUAGCCCCAGGGGGCUCACAGCAUGGUCCCUUCCCAGGCAUCCCGUGCAGCAAAUCCAUGAUGAGUUCUAUGAGCCUGGUGGGGGGCCGGGGUAGCGUGCCCCUUUAUGACCGGAAUCACGUCACUGGGGCCUCAUCCAGCAGCUCAUCCAGCACAAAGGCCACGCUAUAUCCACCGAUCCUGAACCCACCACCGUCCCCAGCCACGGACCCCUCCCUGUACAACAUGGACAUGUUUUACUCUUCAAACAUCCCCGCCACCACCAGACCAUGCAGGCCCUACAUCAUUCGAGGCAUGGCGCCCCCGACGACCCCUUGCAGCACAGAUGUGUGUGAUAGCGACUACAGCACCAGUCGCUGGAAGACCAGCAAGUACUACCUGGACUUGAAUUCGGACUCAGACCCCUACCCACCCCCGCCCACUCCCCACAGCCAGUACCUGUCUGCAGAAGACAGCUGCCCGCCCUCGCCCGUCACCGAGAGAAGCUACUGCCACCUCUUCCCGCCCCCUCCAUCCCCCUGCACGGACUCGUCCUGACCUCGGCCGUCCACCCCGGCCUCGCUGCCUCCUUGUAAAUAUUUUUAAAUAUGAACAAAGGAAAAAUAUAUUUUAUGAUUUUAAAAAAAAUAAAUAUAAUUGGGAUUUUUAAAAAAUGAGAAAUGUGAACAGUGAUGGGGGUGGGCAGGGCUGGGAAAACUUUGUACAGUGGAGAAAAUAUUUAUAAACUUAAUUUUUUAAAACAUAA